AUGUCGGGCAGGUCGAGCCGGAUCGCGGUGGUGGUGGAGGAUCGCUGCCGCCCCAGCAAGUGCGGCCAGGAGUGCCGCAGGCGCUGCCCCGUCAACGCCACCGGGCGUCAGUGCAUAGAAGUUACGCAGUCAUCGAAAGUCUCUUUAAUUUCCGAGGAUCUGUGCAUUGGAUGUGGUAUUUGUGUGAAGGUGUGUCCUUUUAAUGCUAUUCAAAUUAUAAACUUGCCAAGGGAACUUGACAAGGAGACAACACAUCGCUAUGGACCAAAUUCCUUCAAACUUCACAGGCUGCCAGUUCCAAGGCCUGGGAAAGUUUUGGGCUUAGUAGGGACAAACGGUAUUGGGAAGUCAACUGUACUUAAUAUUCUGGCUGGAAUGUUGAAGCCUAACUUGGGUAAAUUCAUGGAUCCGCCAAAUUGGGAUGACAUACUGAAGCACUUUCAUGGAACGGAACUUCAGAAAUACUUCACCCGUUUUUUGGAAGACAAAAUGAAGACAAUUAUUAAACCUCAGUACGUCGAGCAAAUUGCAAAAUCUGUUGAAGGGACAGUUGGCAACCAGCUUAAUAAGAUAGACAAGAGACAAGCCAAAGAUACUUUGUGUGAUAUUCUCGACCUGAAUCAAGUAAUGGACCGAAAUGUAUCAGAUCUAUCUGGUGGCGAGCUCCAGAGAUUUGCAAUAGCUGCUCGGGCUAUGGAAGAUGCAGAUGUUUAUAUGUUCGAUGAGCCAUCCUGCUAUCUUGAUGUCAAACAAAGGCUGAAAGCUGCACAAGUUAUUCGUUCAUUACUUCAGCCCAAGAACUAUGUAAUUGUUGUGGAGCAUGAUCUUGGCAUUCUUGACUACUUGUCAGACUACAUAUGUUGUCUUUAUGGGAGUCCAGGAGCAUAUGGUGUUGUCACUUUACCCUUUUCAGUUAGGGAAGGAAUCAAUAUUUUCCUGAAUGGAUUUAUCCCAACAGAAAAUAUACGCUUCCGUGAGGAGAAACUUACAUUUAGAGUUACUGAGUCUGCUGAGGAGAUAACGGAGGGUGAGACUUACCAAAGCUACAAAUAUCCUACCAUGAUGAAAACAAGAUCUGGCUUCAAGCUAUCAGUCAUGAAAGGAAGCUUUAAUGGUUCCCAAAUAAUUGUACUGCUCGGAGAAAAUGGUACUGGGAAGACAACAUUUAUCCGUAUGCUGGCUGGACAAGUGAAGCCAGACAGAGUGGGUGAUGAAGAAGUUGAUAUGCCUGCAUAUAGUGUCUCAUACAAGCCUCAGCAACUGAUACCCAAAAUUAGCACUACCGUGAGAGAGCUUCUACACAGGAAAAUACCUGGAUCGUGUAGCAAUGCCCAGUUCAGAUCUGAUGUCAUGAAACCACUGAAAAUUGAAGAACUCAUGGACAGGAAGGUUGCAGAUUUUUCUGGUGGGGAGCUACAAAGGGUUGCACUUUGUCUUUGUCUCGGAAAGGCUGCUGAUAUUUACCUCAUAGAUGAACCAAGUGCCCAUCUUGAUUCAGAGCAGCGCCUUCUUGCAGCAAAGGUCAUCAAAAGGUUUAUCCUUCAUCAAAAGAAAACAGCUUUUAUUGUUGAGCAUGAUUUUAUCAUGGCAACAUACCUUGCCGACAAGGUUGUCGUUUUCGAGGGAAAACCUUCUGUUGACUGUACUGCAAAUGUGCCUGAACCCCUGGCGUCUGGGAUGAACCGCUUUCUUUCAGUUAAGUUCUGUUUUCCUUACACCCUGCAUCUUAGUAACAAAAAAAGGCUCUACACGCUUGCAGGCAUGAAUUCUAAAGAUUGGAAACUGAAAUCUUGGCAAAGUAUUAUAGCUUCGGAGGUCAUUGAAUAG